AUGUCUCUGUCCGAUGUAACCGCAUGGCUCCGGGAGGAGCUGCAGCGCUGCGUGGGGGCUGCGACGCGAUCUCUGGUUGCCGCUGUGCAAGCUGCAGCAGACAGAGCUUCCAACUCUCACCAGCUUUCCCUCACGCUGCAGCAGGAGCUGCACUUUACUCAGAAAGAUGCGGAUUUCCUCGCACCGGAGCUCUUCCAGCGCAUGGCCGCUGCAGAGGAGGCAGCAGCGGCCUCUGCAGCGGAUGAAAAGGAGCAGGCAGCACAGAGCUCCAGAAAGAGACUGAGAGACGAGGCGCCACCUGCGGCACCUCCGGAGGCAGACGAUGCUGCCGAGGCUGCCGCGUUCGCCGCACGGCUGCGUGCAAGAGAAGCAGCUGCGCAGAAGAAAGUAGGGGCAGCGGCAGUUCGCCAGCAGCAGCUGCAGCGGGAGCGCGAGGAGGCAGCCGCAGCAGCAGACUCCAGCGAAGCCAAGGAGCUCAAGACUGUCGAGGACUUGUUGCUGGAGGCUAAGAAGCGACCUAACGAGAAGCUUAGAGGCAACGAAGCAUACAUGCAGCGGCUCAGGGAGGAGGCGAGGAGGGCUUAUCUGAAGAAGCGUGAGGGCGACCAAGUGGUGCUGCAGGAACGCAAGGUGCAAGACAGAGAGUGGCUGUACAGUCAGGUCGAAGACAAGCUGACUCCCGAGGAGCGGCGCGCCUUAGAGCUGCGGAAGGAGACGCUGGAGCUCGCGAAAACCGUCAUCAGGGAGCGACAGGAUCGGGAGGAGAUUGAGGCCUACAUUAUGCCGGAGGCUUACGACGAAGACUUGCAGGCUCGACUGCGUGUCAUGCAGCAGCCGUAUCAGGAGCCGAAGCAGCAGCUCAGCGAGCAGAGGCUGCUCGAGCAGCAAAAGACUCAGGCGGCUCUCGCCCACUUCGGAGCACGCGAAGGCAGGCUUCAAGCCUCUGAGUACAAAUUGAUCGACGAAACGGGUGCCUCCAUCGAAUUCGAAGCGCGAGAAACACACGGACCACUCACACCGGAGGCAGACACUGCAGCGGCGCAGACAGACAUCCAGGCAGCAGAGAACGCCCACAAAGUCAAAACACGAGACUUGCAGGAUCAGCGUCGGUUGCUUCCAGUCUAUGCGUAUCGAGAGGAAUUUCUCCGUGCAGUGGCGAAGUAUCCAGUAUUGGUGGUUGUUGGGGAGACGGGAUCUGGCAAAACAACGCAGCUGCCGCAGUUUCUGCGAGAAGUUGGAUAUGCAAAAGCCGGCAGAAUCGGCUGCACACAGCCUAGGAGGAUUGCCGCGAUGUCUGUCGCUGCGAGAGUUGCGCAAGAGGUUGGCUGUAGACUUGGCAUGGAGGUAGGCUAUUCGAUUCGUUUUGAGGACUGCACAAGCGACAAGACGGAGUUGAAGUACAUGACGGAUGGAAUGCUUUUGCGCGAGUUUUUAACGGAGCCAGAUUUGCAGUCGUACUCUGCCUUAAUGAUAGACGAGGCUCACGAGCGCACCUUACACACAGACGUUCUCUUUGCUCUUGUGAAGGAUCUGUCAAGGUAUCGAAAGGAUUUUCGGCUCAUCAUCUCCUCCGCGACGCUCGAGGCGGAGAAGUUUUCUUUGUAUUUCGACGAUGCGCCCAUCUUUAGGAUUCCAGGAAGGCGCUUUCCAGUGCAGAUCUACUACACGAAAACCCCUGAGGCGAAUUUUCUCGAUGCCGCCGUCGUGACUGCUCUCCAGCUCCAUUUUACUCAACCCUCAGGAGACAUUCUGCUCUUCCUGCCAGGACAGUCAGAGAUUGACGAGGCAGUCGAAGAAAUACAGCGCAGACUUCGCGGGCGAGGCACAGAAGCGGCGGAGUUGAUUGUGCUUCCCCUGUAUUCCUCUUUGCCAGGAGAUCAGCAGGCCCGCGUCUUCGAGCCAACGCCUCAGGGUGCUCGGAAGGCUGUCUUUGCGACGAACAUUGCAGAGACUUCCAUCACGCUCGAGGGCGUGGUAUACGUCGUGGACUGCGGAUUCUGCAGAGAAAAUCAGUACAGCGCCAAGACAGGGAUGGAUGCUUUGGUAACGGUGCCUUGCUCGAAAGCCGCAGCGAAUCAGCGGUCGGGGAGGGCCGGUCGCGUGCGGGCUGGUCAUUGCUUCCGCUUGUACACUCGAUACUCGUUCGAGAAGGAGAUGGAGGAUGCAAAUGUGCCUGAGAUUCAAAGAGCUAACCUCAGCAACGUGGUGCUUACGCUCAAGGGCCUUGGCAUUGAUGAUCUUUUAAAAUUCGACUUCAUGGAUCCACCCGCGCCAGACGCUCUCAUCAGCGCCCUCGAACUUCUGUACGCACUGGCUGCCCUCAACGACCAAGGAGAGCUAACCAAGCUCGGAAGGCGGAUGGCGGAAUUUCCCUUAGAUCCCAUGUUCAGCAAGUUCAUUGUGAACUCCGAGAAGUACAGCUGCGUCUCAGAGGCCUUAACGGUUUGUGCAAUGCUAGGAGUGGGAGGCAUGCUGUUUUACCGUCCGAAGGAGAAGGCCAUCCAUGCUGACAAUGCCAGAAAGACAUUUGCGAAGCCAGGAGGCGACCCUCUCACGUUACUCAACGUCUAUGCUCAAUGGGAAGACACAGGGUUCUCCGUGGCUUGGUGCUAUGAGAACUUCGUGCAGCAUCGAUCCAUGCAGCGGGCAAGGGACGUGCGAGAACAACUGCAGGGGCUUUUAGAGCGCGUCGAACUCGAAGAGAAAUCAUGCGACGGCGCUGACGAGCCCAUCCGCAAGGCCAUAACUUCUGGCUUCUUUACUCAAGCAGCACGACUGAACCGGCAUGGCUCUUUUACCACCCUGAAGCAUCCCCACACCGUAGAGAUACACCCACACUCUUCCCUCUUCGGACAGUUCCCCCGAUUUGUAGUGUACACGGAGCUCGCGCUGACUACCAAGGAGUACAUGCGUAGCGUCUGCGAAGUUCGGCCCGAAUGGCUCGCAGAAGUUGCGCCUCACUUUUACAAACAGCAAGAUUUGCAGGUGGCAAAGAUGCCUAAGGCCCUGGGCAAGGCCAAAACAGAAGAAGGACAGGGGUCCACAUAG